GAGCCCGCGUCUGUCGCCGCCGCCGCCGGCCCCGACUCGCGGGAGCGCAGGGUCUGCCCCGCGGCGCCCGCGGCCCCGGCGGGCGCACACCGCCAUGCAGCUGCAGUGCCGGAGCUGGGUGCUGGCCGCGUUCGCGCUGCUCGUGGUACUGCUCCUCUUCGCCGACAUCUCGGAGAUCGAGGAAGACCUCGGGAGUUCCAGAGGCAGGGGCGCAAUCAGAUCGGCGGUGAGCAGCUUCCACGGCAAAUCUAAUCGGGCUGAAGUCGGACUCAACGGCUCCUCGUCGCCAGCUGUCACUGACAGGAGCAACGCGAGCUUGAAGCACAGCGUCCGGCCCGCUGCGUCCAAGUGGAGACACAACCAGACGCUGUCUCUGCGGAUCAGGAAGCAGAUCCUCAAGUUUCUGGACGCCGAGAAGGACAUCUCGGUGCUGAAGGGGAGCCUGAAGCCCGGAGACGUCAUCCACUACAUCUUCGACCGCGACAGCACCAUGAACGUGUCCCACAACCUCUACGAGCUGCUGCCGCGCACCUCGCCGCUCAAGAGCCAGCGCUUCCGCACCUGCGCCAUCGUGGGCAACUCGGGCGUCCUGCUCAACAGUGGCUGCGGCCCCGAGAUCGACACGCACAGCUUUGUCAUCAGGUGCAACCUGGCCCCCGUGCAGGAGUACGCCCAGGACGUGGGGCUCAAGACGGACCUGGUGACCAUGAACCCGUCGGUCAUCCAGCGGGCCUUCGAGGACCUGGUGAACGCCACGUGGCGGGAGAAGCUGCUGCAGCGCCUGCGCAGCCUCAACGGCAGCAUCCUGUGGAUCCCCGCCUUCAUGGCCAGGGGCGGCAAGGAGCGCGUGGAGUGGGUCAACGCGCUCAUCCUGAAGCACCACGUCAGCGUGCGCACCGCCUACCCCUCGCUGCGCCUGCUGCACGCCGUCCGCGGAUACUGGCUGACCAACAAAGUCCACAUCAAAAGGCCCACCACUGGCCUCCUGAUGUACACCCUGGCCACGCGCUUCUGCAGCCAGAUCUACCUGUACGGCUUCUGGCCCUUCCCGCUGGACCAGAACCAGAACCCCGUCAAGUAUCACUACUACGACAGCCUCAAAUACGGCUACACCUCCCAGACCAGCCCCCACACCAUGCCCCUAGAGUUCAAGGCCCUCAAGAGCCUGCACGAGCAGGGAGCGCUGAAACUGACCGUGGGCCAGUGCGGGGGGGCCACGUAAGGCGGGCGCCCACGGGGCUCAGUGCUCACACUUCCUGCCGGCGACACCGCGGGCGGACGGGCGUCGGGGUGGCACAAACAAUAGAACAGGCAGGCUAGUGGGUUUCUUUGUGAAAUGUGGAACAGUGACCAGAAUAUGUAUAGCUCGACCUGCGUAUAUAUACUGACCCGAGUAUCUCUAACUGUGCAGUGUUCACCUAGCGUAGGCAGAUGCAGGAAGCAGCGUGGGGAGCACUCCCCAGCCAGGUGAGGCUCGGCCCACGUGCGGGGCAGAAGGACCUGACCGCCCGAGGAGCCCGUGCCACGCCUCGGCGUCACCACGCCAGGUCUCCUGCGUUGGAAGGACCUUGAGCUCUGGGGGAACGGGGAGCCACCUGCUGGCGGCCCUGAACCCCGGGGCAGGGACUUGGGUGGCCGAGACUGCUGCGCCCCGCCCCCGUCUGAAGUGCCGCUGCUCAGGGAGGAGGUGGAGGAGGAGCGGGAGGACUGGGCAGCGGUGGAGCACACGGAAGCCCGGAGCACGGCCCCAGCAGGGCUGGGGGCCUCGGUGCGUGACCUCGGCAGCUUGGCGGCACGAGGGCUGGACCUCGGUGACCUUGGCGACCUCGGCGUCCUCCACCGCGUGGAGAGGAGGCUGGGGGAGAUGUGGUAGACGGCGACCUCCUGGCUAAGCAAGGCUGCACCUCGGGUGCAGCAGGCGGGUGAUGCCGAGGGCGGGGAGGGUUCCAGAUCGGACAGUCGAGACCUGCUUGGCCGGCUUCCCCCAGGGGAGGCAGACGGGCGUCCCAGAUGUGGGGUUCUGUCGGGCAAUCUUCAAAGCACCUGCUGUGCACCAACAAGGCAGAGGGGGCCCUGCCCCCAGCUCAGCCUGGACGCCCAGGAGGGGCUCUUCUGUCCCCUGGUCCCUGGAGAAGCCGCAGCUUUAGCUGGAAGGGGCCUGUCGGGAGAAACCUCAUCCUUUCUGAGAUGCACACAGUCGCCUUCGGGCGCCUCGCAGAGCUCCGAGCGUGUGGUCGAGGCCCCGAGCCGCGCCCGCUCUCUGCCCAGCUCUGUGCUGUGCGAGCCCUGCAGCCAGACUUCUGUGUCACUGUCACCUUCUUGUCACUUUCCCACCCGCCCCAAGCUCCUGCCUGGAAGAGGGCAUCGGGUGGGCGCCCCCUCCCCACCCAGGCAGAGGUACUGGGACUGUGCAAAACCCAUUCCCCCCACUGAGAUCCCUCUUUGAUAGUUUUUUUUAAAAUGAAGACCUGAAACCAGGUGCAGCUGCAAACACUGUACAUAGUCUCCCGUGGAGAUGGGCUGAGCGCAGGGACGCACGGCCCAGGUCCCCCUGGACAGGCGGCAGUGGGCGGGGCUGGCCAGUCGUGCCCUUGCCUGGGUGUGCUGACGUGCUUGAAGGACAAGUGAAAAAACCAUCACCUUAGAGGUGGCCGGAGGUAAGAAGAGAGGCGGAGACCUCCUGAGCGCAGGAGACCCGACACGUGGGUCAGCGCCGUCCCGAAUGCAGCGUCCACUCCACGCCAGCGGCUGGCGAGCAGCAGGAGAUCGGUGACCACGAGUGCACACGCGGAUGCUCCAACCAAACCAAGGUGGCGCCCAGACACCCCGCAGCACCUGCUGGCUCCUCCCUGUGUGGCUUCAUUUAGAGAGCAGCGGCCAGCACGGGCGUGGGGGCAGGGCCUCCAGCCUGGCACUGGACAUCGCAUUUUACACGCUCCCGAGCUCGCCCCAGGAGGACCCCAGCGGCCUUAGAAGACUCUACCUCCUGAAGCUUGCAGAGCCCUGGGGACCCGGUGCAGGGCCACCGUGGAUGGGUCAAUGCCCGGAUUCCAGAACGUUCCAUGGUGAGUCCUGUGGGGAGCCCAGACACUGGCCUGGAGCUCUGUCCCGCAGCCAGCAGCCCUCCCUGCAGGGACCAGGGCUCCUUGGGGGACACGGCUUCGUCUCACACAGGCUGCCCCCACCUCCAGGUUCUCUCUGAGGGUGGGCUGGAGCCCCCAGGCCCACCCUCCCACACGUGUGCCGGUCCCGGGUUCAGCAGGUCCUGUGCUGCCAGAGCGCCUGGGCCGAGCACUGGCGGGCGUUCCAGGCCGACUCCCUGCCCAGCUGCUCGGGGCUGUCGGGGCAGCUUCCCCUGCAGCGCUGGCACAGCUGGGCCGGUCUUGGGUACUGCACCCCGACGCCCUGACCCGCGACCUCAUCCUGACCCAGUGGCCCCGGGGCAGCCGGCAGCCCUUGCAGCCCUCAGGCCUCUGCGGGCCCGGCCCAGCACGGAAGAGAUGGCGCCAUCUGCAGAGAUCUCUCCUCGGGCUCUGGGCUCCGGGCUCCGUCCCUCCCCUUCCUCUCCCCAGCCCCUCUGUCCAGCAAUGUCCCCCAGGGCCCCCGCCCACAGCUCCUCACCGCAGAGCAGGGACCCAGCUCUGCAGGGACCCCUCCCGUCACGCCCCGGCACCCGGGACACCGCAUCCCCCGUCCUUGCCUUCCCCUGACUGCUAAUUUAUGUCCUUAUUUAUGUAUUUAUGGAUUAUUUAUUGAUACCUCUGCCCGAUCCAGACGGAAGUCCAGGUAGAUCUGACCCUUCCUCCACCUCCCUGGCCCACAGCAUAGACACUCCCACCCCAGAACCUCCCACAGUGUAGACUGGCCCACGGUGUAGACACUCCCUCCCCAGCACCUUCCACAGUGUAGACACUCCUACCCCAGCUCCCAUGGUGUAGACCCUCCCUCCCCAGCACCUCCCACAAUGUAGAUGCUCCCUCCCCAGCUCCCCCCAUGGUGUAUACUGGCCCACGGUGUAGACCCUCCCUCCCCAGCACCCUCUGCUCAUCCCACAGCCGGCCCUGCUCCCCAGCCCCAGGCCUGUGGCCCCCGGUCUGCUGGACACUCACCCUGCUGGCCCCUGCAGCAGCACCAGAAACGCAACCCUGCUGAGGCCAGUGAGUCCCCUCUGGGCCCCUCUGGGCCCUGCCUUGCCGUCUACAUUUUUCUGUUGGGGAACCUCGACGCCCCAGCCCCGAGUCUGAGAUCCUGGAGUCAUCUCUCCUCCCACGCACUCCCUUCAUCCCGGAGCACUGGGCGCACCUCGUUGCUGGCCAUGUGGCCGACACAUGGCCGAGGGCUCCCGUGGGGCUGCCCCCUGCGUGUGCACACCACCCAGUCCACCCCACACAUGUCACGAAUGCCUGCCAGUGCCCAGGCUCGUGCGUCACAGACCACCUGGGAAGGCCCGGUCCCCUCUGGCCCCACACCCCAUUCCAGCUGGCCGAGAAGCAUCACCGAGCCUGGGGGGGGGGGGGCGCCUGCGUUCCCUGAGCCCGUGCCUUUGCUCCUGUUCUUCUUGCGCCCUAGGCCACUCACACCACCUCCUCCAUGAAGCCCUCCCCCACCGCCGGCCGCUGGGGUCUCUCCCUCCACCGAACGCUGUGGACUCUGUCCACACCCGCCCUCGGCCCUUGCCACAUUCUGCCCCGUGUGAUAGGUUCUGUGCACUCGGCCCGUGAUGAUCACAGACUGGGACCUCGUCCCAGGCAGGGCAGGGCUGGGCCGGCCGCGUCUGUGUCCAUCCCAGCACCAGGGUGGGACAGAGCAUCAGCAGUUGCUCAAUAAAUGUUCGUUGGGUUAAACUCC